AUGGAUAAAACUAUAGAUGAGGCCAUCGAGCUCUUCAGAUCCCAAAAAAUCCCGGUAUUCGAACCUGGGGAGGAGGAGUAUGAGCGUUCUGUCGCGACUCCAAAUCUCCUGUUUCGCUUCUCGAGACCCCAUUUGGUGAUUCAACCUGAGACCGCUUCUCAUGUCCAGGCCAUUAUCAAGCAAGCAAGAGCGCAGAAGCUCAAAAUCACCAUCAAGUGUGGCGGUCAUUCUUAUGCGGGACACUCCACCGCCUACAAGGGCAUCUUGCUGGACCUCAAGAAGAUGAAUACGGUCAUGCUCGACAUCAAAUCGAAAACCGUCACGAUGGAUGCCGGUUGCACAUGGGGCCACGUGUACAAGAAACUGGUCAACGGCCGGCACAACGGGUUCAUCAUCAACGGUGGGCGUUGCCCCUUUGUGGGAGUGAGCGGUUUCAUUCUGGGGGGCGGUCUCAGUCCGUUCACAAGAAGCUUCGGAAUGGGAUGCGACACUCUGGAGGAGGCCACCGUAGUGACCGCAGACGGGGAGUUAGUUACUGUCAAGGACAACGAUGAUCCGAACUCUAAGGAGGGCAAGCUCUUCUGGGCACUCCGCGGUGCAGGUGGUGGUAAUUUUGGUGUUCUGGUGAAGAUGAAGUUGAAGGUCCAGCAGCUGCAGAACAAGGAUGGUGUGGUGGUAGCUGGGAGAUAUCAGUGGUUCCCCAAUUCAGGGAUCACGAAUGACCUCAUGAGCACGAUGAACAAUUUCUACACGACCGUCACGAAUGACUUCAUGACCACGAUGAACAAUUUCUACACGACCGAUUGGCCCAACCAGAUGACCAUUGACAGCACCUGGAUGUGCGACCCCCAGCAGAAAGAGGGCGAUGGAGUCCGGUUCCUCGUCUACUAUGAUGGCAACAAGGACGAAUUCGACACGCUUAUCGAUAAAUACAUCAAACAGCCGGAGCUGGCGAAGCAACUCAAACGACGAUCCUUGCCCGAAAAGUCCACCCGUUUCCUUCACGAGACGCUCGUGGCUCAGUGGUCAGAGGAAACCACAAAAGCCUUCCCCACUAACAAGACCUACAACAUCUACAGCUCCUUCGUUUUCAACAACGAUAAGAUCAGCAUCGAGAAAGUCACCGCCAUUAUCCGGGAAGAGAUGAAAACUUUCCGGCGCCUCUACCGGGGGGAAAAAGUUCAGUUCCUGGUUACUUGGAUUCAUUCCGGGGGCAAGGCGAGGGAGAAGAAACCCUCAGAUACAGCUUUCUUCUGGCGUGAAGCUGUGUAUCACACAUAUGUCACAGUAGAUUGGGAGGACAAAUGGAUGGAGAGGGACAUGAGGGGCUUCUUGAAGAAUGUCAAGAAGAAGCUGAGGCCCUUUUCUUUGAAGCGGGAGGCCGCAUUCAUCAAUUUCGCCGACGGAGAACUAUCAAAAAAAGCUCACGAAAGGGCAUAUUUCGGAAAUAAUCGCAAGGAGCUGCGGCGCAUCAAGGAGAUUUGGGAUAAGGAUAACUUCUUCAAGUGGACUCAAGGUAUUCAGCUUCCACAGGGUAUUGACGAUGAUGGGGAGCUGGAUGUGGACGUGCCGGAUAAGGAAGACAUGACAGAUACGAUCGCAGAAGAACAGUGGGAAUAUUUUAAAACCGAUGACUUCGUGAAAGACCUCAAGGAAUUCGUGGAUAACGUUGACAAAUUCGUCAAAGAACACCCCUUACUGGAGCGUUUCUUCAAGGGCAAGAAGAACUACAUAAAAGAGCUGGCGCAGAAGGCUGCGGACCUGAAGAACGACCCGAGCACUCCCCUCGGUAGCAAAGACCUUCUACCCAAAACGAUCAAGGUUACCUUGCGUCAGCAAGUUAUCUACUGCGAUGACAGCUCCUCAAUGAAGCGCGACGGUCGUUGGGAUUCCCAGAAAAGACUCGUCGAUCGAAUCGCUAAGAUCACCACGCGGAUCCUCCCCGAAGGCCAAGGCGUUGCGCUGCGCUUCAUCAAUCAAGACGUGGACAACAACUCGAACCUGACCCUCGCGGAGAUCAGGAACAUUCUCGAGCCGAUGUCAUAUAUGCCCGGUGGCAACACUGAGAUUGGCACGUACCUGAGAUCUAAGAUCCUCGAGCCGCUGGUCUAUAGCAAGCUCGAGUCGAAGAGCCUCGAGAGGCCGCUUCUUAUCUCUGUCAUCACCGACGGCAUGCCCGAAGGGGAAAAGUCCUCCGAGUUUGUGGAUGCGAUCUUGGAGUGUGGUAAUAAGCUGGAAGGCGCCAAGUACCCUCGCGAGAGUGUGAAGUUCAUGGUUGGCCAGAUCGGGACGGGAAAGGCCGCGGCAAAGUUUCUGGAAACCAUAAGAAACGACACGAAGAUUGCCGAAUCGGUAUACUGUACUUCAGAUCAGCUGGAUGCAAAGUUCGAGGAAUUCCAUAAAAACGAGGGGGAUCUAGACCGAUGGUUGGUUGAGACCUUAUACUGGCCAAUCAAGGAUUCUGAAGACAAAGAAGACCACGAAAGCGAUGGCGACGACAAGGAUGACUGA